GAGCAGCAGGGGCGGACUGACCAUUUGGAAACUCGGUCACUUCCCAAGGGCCCGGGGUCAGUAGGGGGCCCCAUAAGAUGCCCCUGGCACAUUUUUCAUAGGAUUUUUUGGGCAAGGACACAGGGGCCCCAUGAUCCCCUAUUGCCUGGGGGCCCCAUGAGUUGUCAGUCUGCCCCUGAGCUGGAGUGUGAGCAGCCUGAGUACUCCUGCUCACGGUUAUCGUGAAUAAAUUGCACAGGGAGAUGCUGGCCUUGCUACACUCUUUAACUGUAGUAUGUAAUGAAGGUUUUUUUGAGUUUGGGCAAGGACACAGGGGCCCCAUGAUCCCCUAUUGUCCGGGGGCCCCAU